UUCUAGAUUUCCUCUCAGACCUAAUUGACGGAGCCUUCCACGAGUUUGAAAAAGGCCCUGCGAAAUAUAAUAAUACGUGGCGUUGGUUUAUCCUUAUUACCUAUUUGUGGAGUACCUGGCACCGCUGUCUCGCCUUGCAUUAUUGAGUUCUUCAAGAUAGUCUGGAGACGGGAUUUGACUACACUGGUUUCGGAGAACUUGGACUCAGUCCAAAUAGGGGAUCGUACCUCCUUUUAGACUCGCUUCAAACAAUUAAGUCACAAUACAUGUGUAGCCUGGCAUAUCAGAUUCUACAUCGAAGCAGGUCAACGUUUCUACUCGAUCUUCGGCAUUUCCAUCAGAGGUUUACUGGCGUAUUUGGCGAGAGAUCAGGAAGAUGCAUUGGUAACAAGGCAUGCUCCGGACUAGGACCCGACGAUUGCAAGAGAAUCAGAGGAGCCAAAGUUGUAGACCAAAGCCAACACGAUCUCUCCUGUACGGAUCGACAGGCAUGCAAUCGAAUUAAAUGGGACAAGUCAUCCUAUCUGACGGUGUCCGGGGCACGCGCUGUAUCGAUCAGUAGCACGUCUGAUCAAUUACGUUAUCAGGCAGCCGAUACAGCAACCUUAGCGAUUUCCCAUGUGUGGAGUCAUGGUCAAGGAGGUAGACCGGAAGAUGGAUUGAAUCAAUGUCUCCAUCAAAGGUACUGCAAUAUCGCAAAGAAAUUCAAUUGUACUAGUUAUUGGAUUGAUGCUGCCUGCAUCCCCUGCGACCAUAUUCUACGUCGAGAAGCUAUCCUAACCAUUAACCAGGUCUUCUCAACUAGCCACGCAACAAUACUAUGCGACCGGGAUGUAAUGGAUAUUGACAUCUCAAUCAUACAAGAUGAGAGCGAUACUUCCGACGCUAGUGUGGCUCUUAUGGAAUCCAUCCUUACCAUAGUCCUUGUUUGUGAUUGGAAUGUGAGGGCUUGGACGCUACUAGAGGCCUUGCGUGGCAGAAAAAACAUCCAACUUCUAUGUAAGUCAAGUGGUGACAACAGACUGAUUUCAUUAACAGAUAUACUCCGCAACGUGACAUACCAUGGGGAUAUAAGCAUAUCAAUACUUCUCCUGACGAACCACCAUUUGUUCCCAGCUCCAGGAGUCUACCACUGGAUUAAAUUCAAAACUUCAAGUCGAGAGCUUCCAUUCCAAAGCUCUACAUUUGAUAGUUCUCACGAUGCUCAGCUCACCGCAGGACGUAUGGGGCGCGGUUUUAUCACGGUUUCUGAAGCCGCUUCGCUCUUGGGCCAAAGGUUCGCUUCCCGCCCCGGGGAUGAUGUAAUCAUAUGGAGUCUUCUUGUCGACGACCCUGUACGCGGAAAUGCCGAGGAUCUAUGGACUAGAGGGAAAGAUGGGACGCGCCUCGAUCAAGUUGUUUAUACUGGUCAUUUGCUCUCAAGCGUACAGAGGCUCCCUCCAAAAAGUUAUCCCCGAAACCCAUCAUGGGCACCUAAGCAGCCAGGCCCAUAUCUUGCAGCCAAUGAAAAAUCCCCUAUAUCUAUACUAUACCCUCCUUACGACGGUAGUCAGUCACGAGUUGGUACGAUCGAGAUUAAGGGGUUCGAGAUAAAAUAUCUCCGUGCUAAUUGGGGAGUCGCAAGUAUUCGCUUCAAGAACAAAACCGCUUCGUCAUAUCGUGGUAUCCAUAGCUCAGGAAAACCCAUGGACAAUGAGCCGAUACCAGAUAAGUUAGGAGAGUACUUUGAAGGCUGUUACGACGGUAUACUACUUCACCCCUUGCAGCGAGUAGGUGCACAAGGGGAAGUAGAAGGCUUUGAAGAAUCUUAUGCGAACAUCUAUGGAGGUUAUAGAAGCAUUACUAAAGGACUCCUACUUGCGGUAUGUGGGAGAAUCCGUAUGACCUCCAGCGAAGGGACGUGGACAUGGCUGGGGGUAAUUGACUGGGGAGAUGAUACCACCUUGCCGUACUUCGAGGAAAAAGAAAUCUUGCUGGAAUAAUCCGGGGAUCAAAAGCCACUGCUGAAAGAAACCCCUUUGAAGAGUCAAUUCAGGGAAGAGAUGGAUAAUUAAUCUCCAAAUCCCUGCAUAUUACGGAACAUCCAGAUCUUUAUAGGCUCGGUAUAGAACUUUUUCAGCCAAUGCUAAGACUUGAUAGGAAGAUGCGCUGGCAUCAAACAUUUGCUUAUGUAAGCCUUCUUUUCAAGUUCACCGGCAUUCACUCCCUCUUUUCGCAUAAAUACAUUCACUUCCAACGACUCGCUAUACACUUUAUACAUAUUAGCUAACUGCCC